AUGGAUUGGCUUGGUCGAGCCAAGCUCGACUUCCACGCCUCUGCAACACCAAUCACUGUCAAGGAGAAGGAUGGUUCCUCCAAAAGCUUUGUGGAUGUGUGCAAGGAAACCGUUCCCACUUGCCAGCUCAACCCGCUGCUCUUCAACGGGCAUCUUCAGACUUGCUGGACAGCCGCUAUCAAACACGCGCCUCCAGUGCACUACAGACGCAAGCUCUUCGAAGCCGAUCACAGUGGCUAUGCUGGCAGCUUUGCCGUGGAUUUUUUCGCCAAGGACCCGUCAGAAGAGGAAGACGACUCAUUGCCCCCAAGGACAGUGUACUUCAGCAAAGAUGAGCUUCUCAAGAUAGGCUCUGAUGACUCGCGGCCCAUGCUUGUUGUUUUGCACGGGCUCUCUGGUGGUUCGCAUGAAGUCUAUCUCAGAUAUGCCAUCGCGCCGUUACUUGAAAGCGGCGCUUGGGAGGCCUGCGUCGUCAACAGCAGGGGCUGUGCCAAGAGCAAGAUCACGAGCGGGCUUCUCUACAAUGCGAGGGCAACGUGGGAUGUCCGACAAACGGUCAAAUGGCUGAGGGAGACAUUUCCCAAUCGCCCAUUAUUCGGAAUCGGCUUCUCGCUUGGCGCCUGCAUUCUUACCAAUUAUCUUGGUGAGGAAGGCUCAGGAUGUCAACUCAAAGCGGCACUGGCGUGCGCGAACCCAUGGAAUCUGGAGACGUCGAACAACGCUCUAAACCGGACUUUCAUUGGCCAUCAUGUUUACUCGAAAGUUCUUGGCACCGCCAUGAAGAAACUAGCAGAGACAAACAAGACAGAGAUCAAGAAAUACACAGACUUCGACUUAGAGAAGAUCUCCAAGCUUACGUAUCUCUACGAAUUUGAUAGAGAAGUACAGUGUGCUGCAUGGGGAUACCCCACAGAGAACGCAUAUUACCGCGAUGCGUCAAGCGUUGACUCUGUAAUGGCCAUACGGAUUCCAUACAUGGCAAUCAACUCAACGGAUGACCCCAUCUCAUCGUACGAAGCACUGCCAGUGCAGGAGGUCAAGCAGAAUCCGUACACAGUCCUCUGCACGACGUCGCUUGGCGGCCACCUCGGAUGGUUUGAGCCCGGUGGUGGGCGCUGGCACAGCCGUCCCGUCACAAACUUCAUGAACUACAUGGCAUUCGAGGCAGACCUUGAACCCCUCCAAUCCAAAAGCAACGGUGGCACGAAGACCUAUCAUGGGGGAGCUAUGUUUGAUCCUAGUAAGCGAACUCAAAUACCCCACCCCUUCUGGUUCGUCCCAAGAGCAAAGGUUGCUGAACGAAACUUUCUCUAA